UUCUGACAUGUAGAAAAUUUAUAUGCACUGCUUUGUCUUUCUGGAAAGCAAAAGCCUACUAAGCUAGUUCCAUCAGCCAUGUCUUGCUCUGCUGCUGCAACAGGUGUUUUUGAAACUGGCAACUACACAACAGUGCUUCAGAAAGUAGAAUCAGUAACAUGUUCCACAAAAUCUUCAGUUGUUGUUCCACCUCCAAAACCACUCUUGAUAGCCACGCCAUGUGAAGCUGGAGAAUUCCCACUUCUUAUUUUCCUCCAUGGUUACCUUCUCUAUAAUUCUUUCUACUCUCUCCUCAUCCAGCAUGUUGCUUCUCAUGGCUUCAUUGUUAUUGCUCCUCAGCUAUACACUGUGGCUGGAGCAGAUUCAAGUGAUGAGAUAAAAUCCACAGCUACAAUCACAGAUUGGUUACCCAAAGGGCUACAACAAGUGCUGCCACUCCAUGUUCAACCAAAACUAAGCAAGAUAGGACUUGCAGGCCAUAGUCGAGGAGGCAAGACUGCUUUUGCAUUAGCUCUACAGAAAGCAGCCACCACGCUAAGAUUUUCAGCAGUAAUAGGAGUUGAUCCAGUUGAUGGAAUGGACAAAGGGAAGCAAACACCUCCCCCAGUACUCACCUAUGUUCCUCAUUCGUUUGAUCUCGAUAUGGCAGCAAUGGUGAUUGGUUCUGGCUUAGGCGAAAUAAGAAGGAACCCUUUGUUCCCUCCCUGUGCACCCAAGGGUGUUAAUCAUGAGGACUUCUUCAGGGAAUGUCAAAAGCCAGCUUGUUAUUUUGUUGUGAAGGAUUUUGGGCAUCUGGAUAUGCUAGAUGAUGAAACUAGAGGUAUUAGAGGGAAAGCUACAUAUUGUCUGUGCAUGAAUGGGAAGUCCAGGGAGCCAAUGAGGAGGUUUGUUGGAGGUAUUAUGGUUGCUUUUAUGAAAGCCUAUUUGGGAAGUGAUAACAGUGAUUUAAUGGCUAUUAGAGAUGGGCAGACUGGUCCAGUGGAGCUUCAAACAUCCGAAUUUUGGAUCUGAAACUCUCAAAUUUAAUGAUUUGAAGAUAUUUGAUCAAGCUAGCCUAAGCUGUCCCAGAUAGCCGCAAUGAGUCAUAUGUAUGUGUAACUUCUUUUAGAGGAUAGAAUUAAUAAGAUUUCUUCACUGGAGAGAUUUGGGAUA